AUGGCGUGCUCCAAUAACGUGGUACGGUGCGCCUUGACUCCCAAGUUCCGCGACGUGGACCUUCUGGUGGACAUGCUCUCGUACAACAUGGCCGCACCCGCGGUUCUUCAGCCGCACGUCAUCGACGACAAUCGCAAGCGCUUCACACCCCCGGUUGACGUCUUCGAGAUAGAAAUGAUUAACGUACCCGGAAACGACGCGUACCGUCUGAAUCCGAUGCCGGUGCCGGCGGUGCUGGUGACCCUCCACGGGGCCCAGGGAGGUUUACUUCUAGACGAAGACACCGGGAAGGAGAUCCCAGCCGCUGAGGGAGGCAUUUUCUUCCUUCCUGCCAACACGUACUGCACAAUGGUGUCGGGAAAGAAGUCAGACCUCCGGAUCGCCAUGGCUCACACCAAUCUCAACUGGGGGCCGGUGACACCCAGGGGUACCGGGGCUCCCAACUUUUGAGAUGUUCUCUGCAUGUGUCGUUUGGGUUCCAUCGAUAGCACCGAAUAUAUACCAAGCGUGUGGAGGGAGGCACAGGCGAUGAGUAGGUGAGGAGUUAGAGUACAAAUGCGACGACGUCACACCUUUGGCCGCGUGCGAUUCUUUGCGGGGUAAGACGUGAGAGGCUAGAUAUAUUGGCGUGCAUAUGUGUUUCUUUCGACGCCACGCCGCGCUUCUCUUCGUGUGUGUGCUAUAAAAUGAGGUACAACGUGCAAAUUGGUGUUGUCUUUGUCUAUCCCCUGCAAGACGUGUAGUCUAGACUAUUUUCUUUUUGUGUCGUAC